CAUCUAAACUAACACAAGUACCUACGAGUACUGUUUAUUAUACUACCUGGAAAGGCAACUCUCCCUUCUCUAUCUUCUACUGUGUGUGUGCCUGGCCCAGUCUGUCGACUCUUUUUGCCCCGCGUAUCCCAUCCAUCUAGCCCUUUCACAAACUACAAGGCAUCACCACCGCCAUCAUCGGAAUCACAUAUCGCCUCCCGACCGCCGAGCCGUCUACCCUAAAUUUAUUCCAUCUACCGUCUUCCACCACCCUCCACCCACUCCCUCCUCCUCCUCCACGACAGUCUUUACUCAGCAAUUACACAACAGCAAAACACAAUGGCAGAAGCACAGAAGCUGCAAGCUCUUUCCGACGACUACCAGAAGCUUCAAGGCGAGCUCUCCACCGCCGUCGAAGCCCGCGAGAAACUCGAAUCGCAACAGCAAGAAAACACCACCGUGCAAAAGGAAUUCGCCCUCCUAGACGACGACGCCACAAUCUACAAGCAGAUCGGCCCCGUCCUCCUCAAGCAAGACAAGACCGAGGCCGUCAUGGCCGUCAACGGCCGCUUGGACUUCAUCAACAAGGAGAUUGAGCGGUUCGAGAAGCAGAUUGCGGAGAUACAGGAUAAGAGCGAGGGGCUUAAGAUGGAGAUCAUACAAAUCCAGAGCGCGGCGCAACAGGCGCAGCAGGCGCAGGUUCAGGCGGCGGCGUAGAGAGGAUACCCGUUGUCGGUUAUGUGAGGACGUUGGAGGAUGACGGAAAAGAAGGAAAUGAAAGGAACGAUGGAAUAUAAGGAAAAGAAAAGCGAUCCCGCGAGAAUGAAUUUCCGAGGGAAGCUCAAGAGAUACCCAAUCCGCAAUACAAAAUAAAUAAAAAUCAAAUAUAAGAAAGACCUUA